GGAUGAACAAGCUGCAGAGACUGCUUCAGAACAAGAUCCUGAUCCUGACAAUAUGUGCUGCUGGGAUUGGAGGCACUUUCCAAUACGGUUACAACAUCUCCAUCAUCAAUGCUCCAGCUUCAUACAUCCAGACGUUCAUGAACACGACGUGGCUGGAGCGCACGGGCGUUCCCUUGGAGAGCAACGUGAUCCUGCUUCUCUGGUCCUUCACUGUCUCUGCAUACCCCCUGGGAGGCCUCACUGGAGCGGUGGUUGCUGGUCCCAUGGCCAUCAUGUUGGGAAGGAAGAUGUCCCUGCUGCUGAACAACGUCUUUGUGAUCAUAGCUGCAGCCUUGUCAGGAUUCAGCCGAAUGGCAAAAUCCUUUGAAAUGAUUAUGCUCAGCAGAUUCUUCACUGGCAUGAAUGCAGGUGUGAGCAUGAAUAUUCAGCCCAUGUAUCUGGCAGAAAGUGCCCCAAAGAAGCUCAGAGGAGCUGUGGCCUUGACCUCUGCAUCAUUUACAGCUCUAGGGUUGGUGCUGGGACAGGUGGUUGGACUCAGGGAGCUCCUAGGCAGGGAGGAGAGCUGGCCAUUCCUUUUAGCAAGCAAUGUGGUACCUGCCCUGAUCCAGCUCACAGCUCUGCCUUGGUUACCUGAAAGUCCCAGAUACCUCUUGAUUGACCGUGGAGACAAAGAAUCCUGCAUCUCUGCACUGCAGAAGCUCAGAGGCACCAGUGACCUGAGUGCGGAGCUGGAAGAGAUGCUGGCUGAACAGGCUGCUGUUAAAGGUCAGAGAGCAAAGAACCCGUGGGAGCUCUUCCAAAAUCCAUCUCUGAGGUGGCAGCUGGUGAGCAUCGUUGUGCUGAGCAGCGCCAUGCAGCUCUGCGGGAACGACUCGAUGUAUUUUUAUGCAGCUUAUGUGUUCCAAGAGGCUGGAAUUCCUCAUGACAAAAUCCCAUAUGUUGUAAUCGGCACAGGAAGCUGUGAACUGAUCACGUCUGUCACCUGUAACAUGAUUAUAGACUACGCUGGUCGGAGGCCGCUGCUGCUGGGGGGCUACAUCUUCAUGGCAGGAUGGGCCAUUGUCUUCAUGGUCGCUCUGAGCCAGCAGACUCAGAUUAGCUGGAUGCCUUAUCUCAGCAUGGCCUGCAUUUUCGCCUAUAUCCUGAGCUUUGGAAUCGGACCAGCUGGUGUAACAGGAGUUCUGCCCACAGAGGUUUUUGAUCAAAUGUCCCGGCCAGCUGCUUACAUGAUCUGUGGCUCCCUGCUCUGGUUCAACCUGUUUCUGGUUGGAACAGCCUUUCCCUUCAUCGUGAAAAGUCUAGCACAUUUCUGCUACAUCCCAUUCCUUGUGGUCUGUGUCUCCACUGCACUCUACGUUGGGUUUUUUCUUCCUGAGACAAAGGGAAAGUCCUUCCUGGAAAUCUCGGAGGAGUUCAAGAAACGGAACUUCAAAACUAAGACCCGUUCAGGUUUCUAUAAAGGCCCUGACGAGAUCAAAACCACCACACUGUAGCAGAAGAAAGGAAGAUGGUACCUGGGGGAAUGGCACAGUGAAUUCAGCGGUGGCUGUGUGCCCUUGCAGGGACACCAAGAGGACACCAAGUAGGGUUAGGGACAAUGCAUUACCCUUAGGUCCUUAAGU